AUGAUCAUCGCUAAUGGUGUAGAUAUCAACUUAAAAGAUAAUGAAGGUGCAACAGCUUUGGCAUAUGCUGCAGCACAAAAUCAAAUUUCUGUUGUAAAAUACUUACUCGCUUUGCCUAAUAUAGAAGCAAAUGAAGGUGGAGAAGGAGGUACUCCUUUCUGUAGAGCUGCAGGAACAGGAAAUAUCGCGUUGAUUUCGAUGCUUUUGAACAACAAAAAAAUCGAUGUCAAAAAAGUUAUUGGACAAAAUUAUAAUGCAUUGCAAUGUGCGAUGAAACAAAGGAAAAGAGGAGUUCUUCAGAUGCUGUUGAAUGAUGGACGUUUUAAUCCAAAUGAUUGUACAACAAUUAGAAAAGAAGCUUCAUUACAUACUGCCGCAUAA